CCCAUCUCCUUCGCCAUACACCUUAAGGCUUUCAACGCUCUUGCAGAAGUCAAAGGGUGUUUCGUACUCGUACGUGUCUGAGGUACUCUAGCGCUCGUGCUCAGAUCCGAGGGUUCGAGACAACAACCCAGUAUCAAGAGCAACAGAGCCGAUCGACCGGACUCUCGACCGGACUCGCAAUCUGGACUAUAUUCGUCUACACAGCACGAAGAGACUAUUGAACCCUUUGGAAUCCCCUGUCUGUGGAAAACAUCCGACGCGGCGCGACAAUCCUACUCAGUCCUUGUAUCAUCCAUUUUCUAGUUGGGGUUUUGUUCCCAGGUGAUGUUUCUCUCGAUAUCAUCCUUCGACACAAUUAUUCGUAUACUUCGUCAAACGCUCCAAGUCUCAUCUGAUCACGCCGCUGUGUCUUCUUUCCUAUAUCGAUCGACUUUGUUACCACCACACGCGACCGGGACCCGAACAAUUUACCAUGGAUGACUCCGAGACCCAAACAUUCAGCAACAAUGCCACCGACCGCACCCCCCUCCUCCCUUCUGACCGUCGUUACCUCGAGACUCUCCGCUCGUCAAAGGACUUUGUAGCCUGCCACAUCAUCAAGAUCCACGGCGAAGACUCCUCCGUCUGGCGCCUGCGCUACAACCUUCAGCGCUUCUUCUCUUCCAAAUGGGGACACUAUUUUGUCAUCGCUCUCGUCACGCUCGACAUCUCUUGUAUCUUCGCGGAUUUCCUCAUCUCGCUUCACAUGUGCGAGCAUAAACGCGACAAGAACUUUCCUUACGACGACUGGGAACUCGCCGACCAUGUCUUGGACUACGUCAGCCUUGUAUUCUCGUGCCUCUUCAUGGCGGAACUGUUGGGCUGUGUGUUUGCUUUUGGUCUCGGGUAUGAUGCCCCUUGUCCCUCCGUCCCUCCCUCCCUUUCUUGUACUAAGUUGACUCUCACUUACUAUCCCUUUUCUCCCACGCGGGUUUGUGCUGACCCACGCUCGGGCAUAGUUAUUUCCACUCGAAAUUCCAUAUAUUUGAUGCAUGCGUUAUCAUCGCCGCCUUUAUCAUCGACGUCCUUCUCCGAGGCCCGAUCGAGGAAGCGGGCUCACUUGUCGUCAUCGGUCGACUGUGGCGCGUGUUCAAGAUCAUCGAAGAGUUUUCCUCCGGCGCGGAAGACGAGAUUGAAGAGAUGUACGAACGAAUCGAACAGCUGGAGCAGAAGAAUGAUCAACUCACAAAGGAGAAUCAAGAGUUGCGAUUUCGGGGCGAUCGUUCUACCUCUUCAGACCAAUGAAUCGGGAUGAUAGACGACGCGACUCGUACAAACUGACUGUCGAAUGUCAUGGUCGUGCGAGACAACCUGUUUGGGACAUCCAGCACGGAUACCUAUGUAUGCUGGUUUUAAUAUUCGUAUGACGGCCGAAGCACUAUGUUUAUGAGGCAAAUGACAAUAGUUAUCAUUAAUGAGACGUGAUUCAUUCCA